GGAGAAGGUAGAGAUUAGGGAAAGUGAGAGAUGGGUUUGUCGUCCGGAGUCUUCUUCAGUCUCAGACGAAGACUCUUGUCUCCAACGGUGUUGGUCUGUUUCAGUCUCCUCUGUCUUUGUUCUCUAACGACCGCCGAUGACCAACUCACUGCGUAUGAGAUCCUUCAAUCCUACGAUUUCCCGGUGGGUCUCCUCCAUACGGGGGUAUCAGGUUACGAUUACGACAGUUCUACCGGCAAAUUCUCUGUUUACUUGAAUGAAACUUGUAGUUUUACUAUUCAGAAUUCCUACGAACUCAAAUACAGAUCCACAAUUAAGGGCUAUAUCACCAAGGACAAGAUCACGCAGCUUCAGGGUAUCAGUGUGAAGGUGUUCUUGUUCUGGGUCAACAUCAUCGAGGUUACUCGGAUUGGCGAUCAGCUCGACUUCUCUGUGGGUAUCACUUCUGCUGAUUUCCCCGUGGUAAACUUCGACGAAUGUCCCCAGUGUGGAUGUGGUUUCGAUUGCAAGAAGGGGCAAGUAAGGAGAAUCAGAACAAACCCUUCUGUCUCUUCAUCUUGAUUUGUUUACUUCAAGUUCAAAUAAUUUACACCGGAAUUUGUAUGGCCCAUCCGCCUUUGCUU